CGUCUUGACAGAAACAAAGCAGACCUUUUCCAACACUGGCGACCGGAGAUCAUCUCAGCGGAACCUCUGGAUGACGACAACUGGUUCUCAAACGCAUUUUCCGAGUUCUUUUCUUCACCCCCUCAAUCCAUCUGGUCCUCAGGCAUCCAGCCCCCACCGUCCUAUGACCAGGUGAUUCAAGAAAAGACCAGAGAGGAGCACAUUGUUCAGCCCACUGCUGCCCCCCGACGUGCUUUUUACUGUACUGCCACGACCUGCUACACACAGACUGACCCCGUCAAGGAGAAACCAGCCGGUAAAAAGCCGCAAAAACCUCCAAAACCAUCCUUGCCCGGACCUGAAAGUCCUUGGGAAAGUGGUCCACAAAGGUCGCAAGAAAGACGGGACUCAAGCGAUCAGUGGAACAGAUCGGUCACCGUCCACUGGGAGACCACCGUGCAACCGGACCCAACGCCUUUUUCUGUUCCCAGCUUAGAGCCAAGACCUGUCCCGCGUCCUCGCAUAAAAUCCAGAAAACAGACAGAAGAUAACUUUCAGACAUUGUUCAAAGUUGAAGAUGAUGAUCUCCUGGUAGAUGCUGGAGACUCAAAUAGGUAUCUGAAGCAGCUGCUGGAGGUCUUUAGUCCCAACGGAGACCAAGAAAAUCAGGAGGAACAAGUUCAUGGCGAGAUGAACAGUCAUCAGAACAUCCAGUCCAAGAUCCAGGCCUUCGAGAGCCAGCUCGCCCCUGAGCACGCGAGUGCCUCAGAACCGAUCAGACCGCAGCCUCCACCCAGAAAAGCUGUGGGGCCACCGGUGUCCGCUAAACCUCCCCUGGCAUCUCAGAAACCCGCCGGAAAUCCCGUGCGAGAAGAAUUGGAGACCAUGCUCACAAAGGGGGGACCCGGCUUCCGCUCGCGCCCGCCAUCGUUGAUAAGAGACUACAGCAUCCACGACGAGGAGCCGCCUUUGCCGCCGAGGCGGCCGGCGGAGCAGACCAAGGAACCGCUGAAGGCCAACCACAACAUCAACAACCACAACUCCACCGCUAUUCUCAGAGAUAGCGACGAUGCCGUCACUCCGGCAAAUCCCGCUCCUGUCAAAGCGAGACCGACUGUAACAAGAAGGCCCACCACUAUUCGAGUCCCCCGACAAAUCUCCACAGAGAGUCUUCAGGACAAUCCUCCUCCGCUUCCAGUUCGGACACCUGUCGGCGAUCCUCCUCCUCUUCCAGCUCGAGUACCUGUGGGCAAUCCUCCUCCACUUCCAGGUCGGCCACCCCUAAACACGGCAGCCGUGCCCAAGCAGAAGUCCUUACCCAGCAUCUCAACACAGCAGGGACCGCCGUUAAGUGUCAAGCGGGCUCCGUCACUGCCAAAUCGGCAACAGAGCAUAAAAAAACCGCUCCCAUCGCACCCACCUCCAGCAAAACCCGGUCCGGGACGACCGCCGCCGCCAAGCGUGCAGGCCGCCAAGCCCUCCAAAGGUUUCCUUCUCCCUCCCAGACCUGUCCAGGGUCAUCGUCUCUACGACAAAUGCACACUUCCACACGGAUCCGCCGCUCCAGACUCGACAGGAGAACCAUCAUUCCGGGAUGCAGCUCCCACUGGCAAGAAAGAAAAUGGACAAAUCGUUCAAGCCUUACAUGACUUUCCUUCAGAGGGUCCAGGAGAGCUGGGCUUGAAGGCGGGUGACAUCAUCACCAUGGUGGAGCGUGUGGAUGGUGAAUGGUGCAAGGGGACUUGUAAAGGAUCCACUGGUUACUUCCCAGUUAACUUUGUCAAAGUGAAGUCAGGUGCACCACCCAAACGUGUCUCGGUGAAGAAACCAAAACCACUUUCUGCUAAAGUCAGUGGUCCAAGAUGCGUGGCCCGCUUUGAUUUUGCCAGUGAGAGCGGCGAGGAGUUGUCGUUCGCGGAGGGCGACGUGAUCCAGCUGCAGGCCUACGAGGGCAACGAGUGGGCCCGCGGCCAGUUGGGCGCCACAUCUGGAAUUUUCCCUCUCAACUUAGUAGAAGUUGUGGAAGAUCUGCCGCCAGCGCCCGCUAGGCAGCAAAGUCGGGCUACUGUCAACAAGGUCGCAUUGCCAGGCAUGGUCAGUAAUCAGCCAGAAGCUGUCAAGCCGGCUCAGUCAUCGGUGGAAUGGGCGCAGGCUCGACACGACUUUGACGGCAAGGCGGAGGACGAGCUCUCCUUCAAGCGAGGCGACUGCAUCCUCGUGAGCAAGCACAUCGAUGACGAGUGGAGCUGCGGAAGACUCAACGGCAAAGAAGGAAUCUUUCCUAAGGCUUUUGUGGAGAGUCGCACAGCUGGUCCAACGUCACCCCCUGAAGGAAUGAAGGGAAGGGCCAUGUACGACUUCACUUCCGACUGCGACGAGGAGCUAUCUCUGCAGGUCGGUGACAUCAUCACUGACCUGGAGUCCAUGGAUGACGAAUGGUUCCUGGGUGACUUGAGAGGCAAACGGGCCCUAGUGCCUAAAAAUUACAUUCAAGUGCUCUGAUAUAUUGACCCACACCUCAGCCAAUUGUUGUACAAUGCAGUAUUUGACAUUAGCGAAUAUUUUCUGCUGCAUUACAUUUCUAACUGUGUUCUUUGACAACUAAUUCUGUAAAUAAAAUAGCUGUGCACUAGCA